CAAUGUUUCUUUUUAUACAGUUAUCUAUAUAUAUGCAUUAUUGUAUGAACAACAACACCACAAUCUCUUCUUGGAUCCUAAACAUAACAAGAAGAAAGAACACAGAUACGAAUUCUCUUAUUUUCACCAUUUAAUUUGAUUGUUUUCUUGAAUAGGUAUAUAGAGCUACUAGAAAUGGAUACAAUGAAGAUUAUUAAACUUCACGUUAUACUAGUCUCUUUCUUACUCAUCUUUGAAGUUCCUUCGAUUCUUGGGUUCAGUAUGAGAGGCACUACUAGAUCGGAGCCGGAAGCAUUUCACGGCAGAGAGUACUUCUCGGCGAUGAAGAGCAGGAAGUUGAUGGUUACAAACUUGCAAGUCGAUUAUUCAGCUGAUUAUGAUGAUGGAGCCUCUUCUUCAGCAUCACCAUCACCACCAGUGCCUGAUUAUGAUGAUGAUAUCAAUAAAAGGCAAGGUGAUGUCCCAAGCCCUGCUAUAGGCCACUGAUGAUACGUUUUCAUGUGUAUGCUGUAUACACAGAAAGAAAUAACACGUUUUGGCAUUUUAGGUUAAUAUAUUUAUACAUACAUGUUAUUUACUUGUUCAGAUGUGUAUUUGUCCUAAGAGGUCUCCAUAUAAUCAAUUUAUGUGCCGUUUUUUGUUUUUGUUUUAAUACUACUUAUUAUCUUUUUCGAUAUAUACAUAUUUUUAUUAUGUCAUUAUUCAAUAAAUGUGACAUCGACAUUUUAUGUAUGUGUGUAUGUAUGUAAUAAUUUCAUAGACAAAUC